AUGUCUCCAACUGUUGCCACUCGCCACUCUGCUCACCGCGACAGUCGUCGUCACAGCCUCUCUGCCUUGUUGACGUCGUCCGCUGCGCCCUCUGACAGCGAAAAUGCCUUCCACGUCGCCGCCAUCGCGGUCCCCAACAAGUCCAAGCGCUCCAAGCGAGCACACUCGUCCUCAUCGUUGUCUCCUUCGAAAAAAUCGUCUCCCUCCCAGCCCGUCAAGGAUGCCGCAUCCCACCGCACAAAGAAGGCCCUCACUUCGCGUAAGGCUCCGUCAGCGAAAGCCAUCGAAGUAGACGUCCCCGUUCCAGUCUUGAUGGAUGCGACCGAGGCCUACACCGGGUUCGCCUACAGCGGUGUCCACUCUCAACUCCCACCUGUCUUCGCUGAGAAUACGGUGCCCGCCAUUGCUGACCUCUUCUUCGAUUCCUUUGUGUAA